AGGGUGCGCGCCCACGCGCAUGCGGAAAGCCUGGUUCCCGGGGAGAGGCGCUGACGCCUGUUGUUGGGGACGCCUUUCUCGGCGGGGGAUGGGCGCAGCUGCAAUGAGACUGAAUGAGAACACCGUGCUGCUGGGCAAGAAGGUGGCCCUGGUACCCUACACCUCCGACCAUGUACCUAGGUACCACGAAUGGAUGAUGUCAGAGGAACUUCGGCACCUGACAGCCUCAGAGCUGCUGACCCUAGAGCAGGAGUAUGAGAUGCAGUGUAGCUGGUGUGAAGACGAAGACAAGUGCACCUUCAUUGUGCUGGAUGCAGCCAAGUGGCAGGCCCAGCCUCGCCCCCCUGAAGAGAGCUGCAUGGUAGGGGAUGUGAACCUCUUCCUCACAGAUCUGGAAGACCCCACCUUGGGGGAGAUCGAGGUCAUGAUUGCAGAGCCCAGCUGCAGAGGCCAGGGCCUUGGCACCGAGGCGUCUCUUCUGAUGAUGUCCUAUGUGACGAAGCUAGGUCUGACCAAGUUUGAGGCCAAAAUUGGCCAAGAAAAUGAGCCAAGCAUCCGGAUGUUCCAGAAACUUCAUUUUAAGCAGGUGGCUGUGAGCAACGUCUUCCAGGAGGUGACACUCAGACUGGCAGUGAGUGAGGCAGAACGGCAGUGGCUUCUGGAGCAGACCAGCCACAUGGAGGAGAAGCCCUACAGAGUCGGGCUGGCGGAGCCUGUGACAGGCACCCUGUGUGAGCAGAACUGGAACUACCCACUCCCGAGGCCAGACAACUGCACCGGAGAUUAAUGUGGUGUCUUCAGGCUGCUCCAGGCCCUCCUAGGCCGGCCUUGGCGGCCUCUGGCUGACAGCGGCCAGGAAGACUUCUUCCUGUUCCCAGCCACAAGCUGAC